AUGAGGAGGCUAGCCGUACUCGUUCUACUGCAGCUAUCCAGUCGCGAUGUCGUCGUUGCAAGCGACGUCCCUAAUGAGCCAGACACGGAUUAUGUAUUCGCCGUGGGCGCCUACAAUGAAGCCGAUGGUGAGGACGGUGAACCAGUACUUCUGUCGGCUCGAACACUACCGAGUGACGGUACACCAGCCUUUUCCCUAUGGCCACCGAUUGCCGUCAGGGCACAAUCGCCGAGCCCUGGCAUUGUUACAGUGUCCUGGGAGGAUCCCAAUCCGGAACAGGAUAUGGAAAAUGAGAUCGAUGGCACUCAAAGACACUACCUCAUACAAUACGGUAUCUACCAAUCGGAACAGUUGUCCAAGAUGCGUUCAAAUUCACGAAGCGUUAAGCUGACC